CUUUCGUUAUACGUUUGUGAAGCCUCAUAGCCGGUUAUUCGAACGUAGAUUCUCUCCGAGACAGGCCUCAAUAAGUUGCUCUACAGUUUUCUGUAAAUUUUCUUUGUCGUGUGAAAAAUCUUAUAAAAACUCAAUAUGCGUGAAUGUAUCUCUAUCCACGUUGGCCAGGCUGGUGUCCAGAUUGGUAAUGCCUGCUGGGAGUUGUACUGCCUGGAGCACGGCAUCCAGCCCGAUGGUCAGAUGCCCUCUGACAAAACCGUCGGUGGUGGCGAUGAUUCAUUCAACACCUUCUUCAGCGAGACCGGCGCUGGCAAGCAUGUGCCGCGUGCUGUGUUUGUUGAUCUGGAGCCGACUGUGGUCGAUGAGGUACGCACUGGUACUUACCGUCAACUGUUCCACCCCGAACAGUUGAUCACUGGCAAGGAAGAUGCCGCCAACAACUAUGCGCGUGGUCACUACACCAUUGGCAAGGAAAUUGUUGAUCUGGUGUUGGAUCGCAUCCGCAAGUUGGCUGAUCAGUGCACUGGUCUCCAGGGCUUCCUGAUCUUCCACUCUUUCGGUGGAGGCACUGGCUCCGGUUUCACCUCGCUGCUGAUGGAGCGCCUGUCUGUGGACUACGGCAAGAAGUCCAAGCUGGAAUUCGCCAUCUACCCCGCACCUCAAGUGUCCACUGCUGUCGUUGAGCCCUACAACUCAAUUCUGACCACGCAUACGACUCUUGAGCACUCUGACUGCGCCUUCAUGGUAGAUAAUGAGGCUAUCUACGAUAUCUGCCGUCGCAACUUGGACAUCGAGCGCCCCACAUACACCAAUCUAAAUCGUUUGAUUGGCCAGAUUGUUUCUUCGAUCACAGCUUCGCUGCGUUUCGAUGGUGCCCUGAAUGUAGAUCUGACUGAAUUCCAGACCAACUUGGUGCCCUACCCACGUAUCCAUUUCCCACUGGUCACCUACGCCCCUGUCAUCUCUGCCGAGAAGGCUUACCACGAGCAGCUCUCUGUGGCUGAGAUAACCAAUGCUUGCUUUGAGCCAGCCAACCAGAUGGUCAAGUGCGAUCCCCGUCAUGGCAAAUACAUGGCCUGCUGCAUGUUGUACCGUGGUGAUGUUGUGCCUAAGGAUGUCAACGCCGCUAUCGCGACAAUCAAGACCAAGCGUACCAUUCAGUUCGUGGACUGGUGCCCAACUGGCUUCAAGGUGGGCAUCAACUACCAGCCACCCACUGUAGUGCCUGGAGGUGAUUUGGCCAAGGUACAGCGCGCCGUAUGCAUGUUGUCCAACACCACGGCUAUUGCCGAGGCCUGGGCCCGUCUGGAUCACAAGUUUGACUUGAUGUAUGCCAAGCGUGCUUUCGUCCACUGGUACGUCGGUGAGGGUAUGGAGGAAGGCGAGUUCUCCGAGGCCCGUGAGGAUUUGGCUGCUCUGGAGAAGGAUUACGAGGAGGUCGGCAUGGACUCUGGUGAUGGUGAGGGUGAGGGUGCCGAGGAGUACUAAACACACUCAAAAGAACAACGCACACGUAGCAAGCGUCAUUGGUGGACGGUAAAGACGUCGAAACCAAUGCCCACGUUUUGCCUUCAACAAGAUUAAAAAAGAAAAGAAACAACACUCGAGUAAACGUUGGGGAACACCUACUAGUAUUUUAAUGACAGACACAUUACACGUAAAUAGCAAAAAGAAAAAAACGAAUCGCUCUAAAACUGUGUACUAAAAUAAAGUCAGCGAAUAGUCAGUGUUGCCAGCAAAAGAAA